AUGGCAUCAUUAAUUCAUCGAAGGGGGUUGUCGACGACUGCACGAAUAUGUGAAGUGAUUAAAGUACCAGUAAAGGUGCAUGGUAUCGAAGGUCGCUAUGCUGCUGCUUUAUAUACUUCUGCAAUGAAGCAGAAAAAAUUGGACGUUAUUGAAAAAGAUAUACAAUCCUUCAAAAAAGUCCUAGAAACUAAUGAAAAGUUUAAGAUGCUGGCUGUGGAUCCAACGAUAAAUCCUCAAAAAAAGACUACAAUAAUACAAAAUGAAAUGGCGAAUCGUAUCUUCAAAUUUUAUUGGAAAAAAAAAAUUUUUCUUUCAGUGUUAUUGGCUGAGAAUGGUCGAUUAGCGAAAGUGCAAGAUAUUAUCAAAGGUUUCGAAGAGAUAAUGAAAGCCCAUCGUGGAGAUUUGUUUGUCGAAGUCAUUGUUGCAGAACCAUUAAGCAAAAAACAUGAAGAUGCAAUAAACGAUGUGAUAAGAAAAUUCUCGAAGACAGGACAGAAUUGUAAAGUAACUUAUAAGGUUAAACCUACGAUUAUCGGCGGUUUCAUGAUGACGAUCGGUGAUAAACAUGUUGACAUGAGCUUAUUAACACAAGUUAAACAACUUGAACAAUCUUUGCAACAAGUAGCUUUUUAA